UGCUGGCGGAAACCUAUCCGGACUUCAGUGCUCAGCGAAGAAGUUGGGGGGAGUCUCGUCUCGACCUCCAAUCAGAAUAGCUAGUCGCAGCACUGACAGUUAAUAUAAAACCGCAAGACAUCUCUUUAGCUUGCCUGAACCACACAAUGAUAUGGGAUUUAUAAAAAUGGGUGCGGAGGUUGAGUCUCAUGCAGGAUUCCUCGUCGCUGUGAAGUGAACUGGAUUAUCCAGGCGAGCCAACUAUCUACAUUUCUAUUUGAUGGUCAAGAGCAUGAUGGCGUUUCUCCUGUGUGUUAGCCUGUGGAUGCUCCUGGCGGUCCAUGGCCAAGCUGGAGCAGUGAAGAACUGCCACCCGGGUUGCCACUGUGAGGUGGAGAGCUUCGGCUUGUUCGACAGCUUCAGCCUGACCAGGGUGGACUGCAGGGGAGUGGGCCCUAGCACCAACCCCAUCUCCAUCCCCCUGGACACUGCCCACCUGGACCUCUCCUCCAACUCUAUGUCCCUGCUGACUGACACCAUGCUCUCUGGGCCUGGCUAUACCACCUUGGUCAGCCUGGACCUCAGCAACAACCUCAUCUCCAUGGUCAGCCCUAAGGCCCUGUCCAGGCUGCGCUACCUGGAGUCUCUGGACCUCAGCCACAACUCUUUGGAGGGCCUGGACGAGGGCUGCUUCUCUGGCCUCUCCCUAACCGAGGUGGACCUCAGCCACAACCACUUCCGAGAGUUUGAUCUGGACAUGUUCAUCACUAAAGAUCACGGAGAGCCAAUCAGCGUGGAUCUGUCCCACAACCGGCUGACAGUGGUCUCCUUGAGUUCUUCUAGGAGCCCCUUGCUACAUGUCCAGAGCCUGACUCUAGCAGCCAACCAGCUGAGGGCCGUGCCCAAGCUAAAAGGCAUCCUGCUGAGGGACCUAAACCUGGAUGGGAACAGUAUCUCCCGCAUUGAGGAGGGUGCUUUUGAGGACCUCAAGGACCUUGUUUACCUGUCCCUCAGUGGGCUUCCUGAGCUCUUUAACAUCCAGCCCAACUGUUUCAGAGGCCUACAGAACCUUCAGGUCUUGGACCUCUCCAACAACGCCAAGCUAAAAACACUGAGCCCAGCUGUGUUCAGUGGACUUGUGUCUCUACAGGAGCUCAAUCUGUCAAACUCUGGAGUAACGUCAUUGCCAAAUAACAUGCUAAGUCACUUGCCAAUCAUCAAGAGUAUCACCCUGGGCCAGAAUAUCCAUUGUUGGAGGGCUCAAAAGCAGGGCCAGUUUCACAGGCAGCUCGGACAGGAACAGAAACAUGACGAGGUGCUAACCUGUGACGUUGAAGGGGUUAUCUCAUGAUUGUGUUCGGAUCGUUGCCGUCAAUAUGGACAUCUAGCUAACACAUUAGUGCUAAAACUGUGCCUUAUAUCACUAUAUGCAAAGAACACUUUUUGUUAUUGCCGCCAAUCAUGAUAAUUACUAUUUGAACAGUUUGUUUAAAUUUCAAUUCAAAAAUGUGUUUUGCUUUUAUUCCAAAGGCCUGAGGUAUUUAUAGUAAUCCACUGUACUAUCACGUCAUGCUUGCUAUGCAUAAAGCAUGUCUUUCAACUACAGUAACAAGCUACCAAUAGCAUUGAUGGAUAUUAUAUUAAAACCAUUUAGUUUUUUAGGAUCUGGAAAUAGAAACAGACCUCAGCCACUAGGAAAAAUAUUGUUAUAUUCCAUAACAAUCAUCAGAUCAUUGAAGUAUGCACAUUACUAUGCAAGGACCACUCUUAUUUCAGAAAGAAAGGUAAACGUCUUAUGUAGGGUAUAUAGUUAAGUAUGUCUCUCAUAGGAAGCUGGUGGGAGGCGCUAUAGGAGGACGGGCUCAUUGUAAUGGCUGGAAUGGAAUAAAUGAAACGGUAUCAAAUACAUUUUUCAAUCAAAUGUAUUUAUAAAGCCCUUUUAAGAUCAGCAGAUGUCACAAAGUGCUAUGCAGAAACCCAGCCUAAAACCCCAAACAGCAAGCAAUGUAGAUGUAGAUUCACAGUGGCUAGGAAAAACUCCCUAGAAAGACAGGAACCUAGGAAGAAACCUAGAGAGGAACCAGGCUCUGAGGGGUGGCCAGUCCUCUUCUGGCUGUGCCGGGUGAAGAUUGGAAACCACAUUGGCCUCUGUUCCAUUUAUUCCAUUCCAGCUGUUACAAUGCGCACAUCCUCCUAUAGCUCCUUCCACCAGCCUCAUCUGAUGUCUAGUUUUAUUAAGUGGACACAUUCUCCUGCUAUCUUGCUCCGUAAUGUUUACAUGGUCUAAGACCUAGAAGCCAACAUUGCCUGUUCUGUUUCAACUGCUCUUUGAGGUUGAAACUGAGGAUGAAAUGUGGUCUGAACAAAUCAUUGCAUAAACACAUUUAUGAAUGUCACCCAGGGGUUUUUCGCUGCUCCGUUAUUGAAUCAGUUUCUCAUGACCGUGACCAAAACAUAAAACAGUCCUUGUACUUGUAUUAAACACAGACAUGUUUUGUCCUGUAUUUUAA